UCGAAACUGCACUGAGCUGAUUCGACCAAAUUGGCCGCAGGAAUUUGAGGGAUCCCGGCCGCUAUCAGCCAACCCACCCGCCCGAGAGGCUGCCACCCAAACCUGUCUGAGCCACCGGGAAGCUCCAUCCAGACCUUUUGCACGCCACCUCGCCGACGACGAAGCCGUCACCACACCCGACCCAGACCACGCAAACCCCCCUCCGACGCCAGACUCCCCCCUCUCCGCGCACACGCACCCGCAAACACCAACCGCCCACAAUGUCGGCUCCUAGCCUCGCUCCUUUCGUGCUCAAGCGCCCAUGGCUCACCAAGAUGCUGACGCCCGUGGCCAAUUGGUACGCCAACGCCGCCGGCUACCGCCAGAUGGGUCUGAGGGCCGAUGACCUGAUCUCGGAGGAAAACGAGACGGUGCAGCUGGCGCUCAAGCGCCUGUCGCCCAAGGAGCAGUACGAUCGCGUCUACAGGCUCCGCCGCGCCGCCCAGCUCAGCCUGUCACACACCCUGCUGCCCAAGGGCCAGUGGACCAAGGCCGACGAGGACGUGCCCUACAUCCUGCCCCUGAUCAAGGCCAUCGAGGCCGAGGCCAAGGAGAAGGCCGCUCUCGACGGCAUCACUGUCAUCAAGAGCCACUAGAGAGAGAGAAAAAAUACGGCAGGAAAGGGGUCUAAAAUAAAGUUUAAAAAAAGAAUACAAAAAGAAACCUGUCGGGCUUCAGAAUAUGAGGACGGCCGCGUUUUUGAAUCACCAUCUUGGUAUCUGGAAGGGGUAGUAGUGGACAGACGCCUUAGAAAGGACAAAACAGGAGGCCAGUGUUUUUUUUAUUACGCUCUCGCGGCGCAUCCCUGCUCCGAUUGUAUAGAUAUUGCCGUCACGUGACGGGCUAGAGGAAACGGAAACGGCCAUGUAAAGAAGGGAGUGCUGCAUAAAAUAAGCCCUCGUCAAAUCAGAUUCUCUGGUGGAUGAAUAUGCAUCUAUACAAUAGACUUCUUUUCACGAA